UCCAAUUCCAACCCAUUUUUCUUCUCCCUCUUUUCCUCAGCCAAUGCUUCACACAGCCCAUCUUCUCUGGAGAUCAUACGCCUUUCAAGGGUCCCUUAAUAGACCCUUUCAUAGCCCUUUUUGGAGAAGGCAAUAGUGAGAAAGGGGGCAAAAAAUAUAGCGAUGGAAGCAAGGAAAAUGGCGGUAAAGGGGAGUACAAAGGUGGAUGGGAGUUGGUUUCUCAUAACUCAGGUGUAAUGGCCAUGCAUAUGGUUUUACUUCCUAGAACUAACAAGGUGGUCAUGGUUGAGGCCGCAAACUUUGGACCAUCCCAAGUUCGACUGUCGAGAUGGAAAUGUCGUCUUUUUCUAAGAAAACGGGGGAUAAAUGACGAGGAUUGUUGGGCUCAUGCCGUAGAAUACAAUACCAAAACUGCAGCUAUCAGGCCUCUCAAGAUGGUGACCAAUGCAUGGGGGUCUUCGGGUGGGCUCUCAGCCAAUGGGACCCUUGUGCAAGCUGGUGGAUGGAGCAGUGGAGCUAGGACUGUUCGAUAUCUUUCAGGAUCCAAGACCUCUCGCUGGAUUGAGUACUCUUGUGCACUUUCCAGAAAAAGAUGGUAUUCAACGCAACAUAUUUUGCCAGAUGGCAGGUUUGUAGUGAUCGGUGGACGUCGCAUGUUCAAUUAUGAAUUCAUCCCUAGACGUAAGAAAUCCACUUUCAAGGUUUUCAAACUCACAUUCCUAGAACGGACCACCGACGAUGUAGAGAACAACCUCUACCCAUUUGUUUUCCUUUCCACCGACGGGAAUCUCUUUAUUUUCGCUAACAACCGUUCGAUCUUAUUUAACCCGAUUACCCAUAAGAUUAUUCGACGCUACCCAAUUCUAUCUGGUGGGUCAAGAAAUUACCCGGCUUCUGGAAUGUCAGCUCUUCUCCCCAUCCAACUCCAUGACCCGAACCCGAAAGUCAUUCGUGCUGAAGUCAUCGUCUGUGGUGGUGCGAGGCCCGAGGCGGCGAAGCUAGCUGAAAAAGACGUGUACUUGACUGCACUCCAAGAUUGUGGGAGGAUGGAAAUUACAGCUGCAAAUGCCACGUGGACCAAGGAGGUGAUGCCAACACCGAGGGUCAUGGGAGAUAUGUUGGUCUUGCCGACGGGAGAUCUUCUAAUGCUUAAUGGAGCCAAGAGGGGCACUUCGGGCUGGAACUUCGCGGAUGAUCCGAAUUAUGUGCCCGUGCUUUACAAACCCGAUAGCCCGAUUACCCAACGGUUCACCGAACUUAAGGCAACAUCAAUAGCCAGAAUGUACCAUUCCACAUCAGCAUUACUGCCAGAUGGCACAAUCUUAGUGGCUGGUAGUAAUACAAAAAAUUAUUAUUUCACUAGGGGCACCAAAUACCCGACAGAAUUUCGGGUCGAGAAGUUUUACCCACCAUAUUUGGAUCCUCUACGGGUAUCGGACCGCCCAAAAAUAGAAACAAACUUCAAACGUAAAAUGGUAAAAUACGGAAAGGGUCUUACAGUAGUCUUUAAGUUGAAAACAAUACUAAGGGUGAAAUUAUCAGACUUGAAGGUGACCAUGUAUGCUCCACCAUUCACUACACAUGGCUUUUCUAUGAACCAAAGGCUUCUAAUAUUAGCUAAAAGGCAGUUGAUUAACACCGGCGGAGGAAGAUUUAGGGUUAGUGUGGUGGCGCCACCAUCGGCCAAGGUGGCUCCGCCAGGUUAUUACCUUAUUUUUGUUGUACAUCAAGGACUCCCUAGUCCUGGAGUAUGGACCAAAAUUCAUUGAGAAAAAAAGUUUCUAAGCUACUCUUCUUGUUUUGUA